CUUUUAGGGUUUUGGUUACCUGCGCUGCGGCCUCGGAAGUUUGGCAUGGCAAACAUGUCUUCUCGUCUUCCUCCUCCUCUGCCAGUUGAUCGAUCAGGAGAAGAUGGAGACCUAGACCUCCCGACGGUAUAUUGGGGUCUUUUGGGGGCAGUCUCCGCUAUGUGGAUCGGAAUGGCAAUCAUGUUUUUGAACGAUCCCGACUCCAGGUUUGGGCCGCCGCUCUCUUUAUGGAUCCCCUUCUUGCUCGCGAUACUCCGUUUCCUCUCCAUCCUCUGCUUGUUCCAGCUGCACCACGACGAUGACUCAGCAGCAGCAGCGGCCGUGGGACCCGCCGGGAAAUUCGCGCUGGAGAUUGCUGCCCUGCUGGCGGCGCUGCUGGCAAAGUAUCUAUCCCCUAGUAGUGCUGGCGGCGGCGACGACCACACCUACGACGUGUUUUUUUGCUUGAUAUCUGUAACGACGCAGUUCUACGUUCACAUCAAGUCCUGGUAUGCUCUCUCUGACAUCGGCUUGCGAGAUGUCUUGUUGGCCGCCUUGAUGCAAAGUUCCAUUUUCUGGAUCCCGCGUGACAUCGAGUGGGUCGUUGAGGUCGUGUGCGUCGUCCUCGUUGCCCACCGCCGCUGCUGUGAUAAUAACCCGAACCAACAUCGGAAAUAUACUGCUGUUGCUCCGGCGGAUGACUUAGUAGUUUGAUACUACAUCUCUUUUUUUCCCCUUCUUUUCGUUGAACCAUUAUUAGAAUUUCAUAGGGGACUUCGUUUCUUUCCAAUCAGAAGAACUGAUGUGACCGCAAUUUUGUUGGUCGCACGACCCCAAUUGUUUAAUUUGUACGGUGAGAGAAAAGUAAGAGAUCAAAGAAGCCAUUCUUUUAGAUUGUAUCGCGACAUAACUAAGUACUACACACAGAUUAAUUACUACGUAAUCUUUACUUAUGGAAGCAAAGCAAAGCAAAGCAGCAUAUUAGGUCUACAAGUGUACUCGGUAGGUACUGUGUAAGCUAAACUUCACUAGAGAAGUAGUAGAGAUCUCUUGGGCCUUGGCCCAUACAAUCUUAUGUCUGUAAAAGACAUCACGAAUGUCCAACCAAAUCCCAAUUCCCGAUCUGUUUUUUGGGCUUGGCCCAUUAUAUCAGCUCACGACGGUGAAACUGCAAAUUUCUUCUAUAUAAGCGCUCUGAUUACUGAAUAGGAUUUCGCGAAUAGGAUACAAAUAUAUUUUCUUUCCUUCUUCAGAAACUGCCUCAUUUUUCAUGUAGAUCAGCUCUUGGCUUAUAACGUUGCCGCAAGCUCUGCAUAAUAAUAGUUAAGCAUAUUU